UGCCUCCUUGUGAUUCGUAUGGCCUGCCUCCUUCUGGCCGUUUUCGCCUUCCACUCAGAACCAUCGAAUUCCUCUCAAGUCCCUACUUUCAGCACCUCUUCAUUUAUUUCCAGCCCUGUUAACAAACCCAGUAGUACUCGCCCAACUUUGUCACCUCGGACACGCAGAAAUUGCUGCACUCCGGCACCCUCAAUUCAAGCAACUUCGACAGCCUCGGCUCUCCUCAGUCAAUUUCGUCUACCUCGUGGUCUCCGUCACUUGGCCGAGAUGGUGCGUCAAUUGGCUUGCCAACUUUAUGUGCUUCGGUUCCGUCUGCCUCCAUCUGAUCUCCUUUGGCAAUCUGUUUCAGUUUCUGUUGAUCAGGACGCAUUGCCAUUGGAAAUCGAUAAAAAUGGAAUGUCAAUGCCGCUGACCACCAAGCCAUCGACUCCUACUACCAACAGUGGAUCCGAAACAACAAUAUCCGUGGGUCCAGCAACGACCAGAGCGAUGGGUAACGCCGUUCGGGCAAGAGAUGCACCUUCUCGAGGGAAAGAAUGUGUGGAUGAUUCGAAGGCAGUUUCCUGGCGACUUUUGUAUCCGAUUGAGGGCUGCCGAGUUUGUGGAUCAGAUGACUACUGGGAUACUUUUUAA